AUGGCGCUGGCCUACCAGAAUACAAAUUUCGACACCGCAGAAGAUGACACCAAAAAAGAACGUGUCCUAGAUGCCGAAGACGGUCAUGGCGUCGUUUCUGAAUAUGAGGAUCCUUUCGGAGACGAAGAGUUUGCCGAGGUGAAGUAUCGGACAUUGACAUGGUGGCAAUGUGGCAUGAUCAUGAUUGCGGAGACAAUCUCUUUGGGAAUUCUGUCACUUUCCUCGGCCGCGGCGACUCUUGGAAUGGCCCCAGCGGUAAUCCUGAUCGCAGGACUGGGCCUCUUGGCCACCUAUACCGGUUUCGUGAUCGGGCAAUUCAAGCUGCGGUAUCCCCAGGUCCAUUCUAUGGGAGAUGCGGGAGAGAUCAUGUUCGGAACAUUUGGCUGGGGUCGAUUCGGACGUGAAUUCCUGGGCACCGCGCAACUCCUCUUCCUGAUUUUCGUGAUGGGAAGCCACAUUCUCACUUUCACCGUGAUGAUGAACACCCUGACCGAUCACGGCACGUGCUCCAUCGUGUUUGGGGUCGUUGGCUUGAUUAUAUCCUUUAUCUUCGCAUUGCCACGGACACUGCGAAAGGUCUCGUGGUUUUCGUUCGCCUCUUUCGUUAGCAUUGUCUCUGCCUUGUUGAUUACGAUGAUUGCAAUUUCCAUUCAAAGCCCAGGCAAUGGCCACGUGGACGCGACAACGAAGAUUAGUGUUUCCACCGGCUUUCUAGCAGUGACAAACAUUGUGUUUGCCUAUGCGGGGCAUGUUGCUUUCUUCGGCUUUAUUUCCGAAAUGCAAGACCCUACUGAUUACCCCAAGACGUUGUAUAUGCUUCAGGCAACAGACACCAGUUUGUAUAUAAUAGCCGCGGUGGUCAUCUAUUAUUAUGGGGGCUCUGACGUGAAAUCGCCAGCCUUGAGUUCCAUCAGCCCUACCAUGUCAAAGGUAGCCUACGGAAUCGCGAUCCCAACGAUUGUGAUUGCUGGUGUGAUCAAUGGCCAUGUCGCAGCGAAGUACGUCUACGUGCGACUGUUCCCGGGUAGUGACCGAAUGCACAAAAGAAAUCUUGUGUCGAUCGGAUCCUGGGUCGGAAUCACUCUGACGCUGUGGGUCAUCGCCUGGAUCAUUGCUGAGGCCAUCCCGGUCUUUAACGACUUACUCAGUUUGAUUACUUCCCUCUUCGCGAGCUGGUUCACCUAUGGUCUCAGUGGCAUCUUUUGGCUGUUCUUAAACCGGGGACAAUACCUGAGUUCCCCAAGAAAAGUAUUCCUCACUAUUCUCAAUCUUUUGAUUCUUGGUAUUGGUGGCUGCUUAUGCGGAAUGGGCCUGUGGGUGUCCGGAAAAGCGAUCCACGACCAGAAGAGUGGCUCUAGUUUCUCUUGCGCAGAAAGCAACGGCUAA